AUGGUUAUGUUAGGACAGGUAGUGGCUUUGGCCAUGGCAAGCAGCGCGGUGGCCCUCAAUUGUAAGAAUCACAACGUUUUGAGCAAUUAUAACGUUGCGAACAAGGAUAUACUGCUGAAGAAUGAGUUGGACACUCCACCCAGCAAGACUUCAGAGAUGUGGUAUCUUGCUCCUUGUGAAGACGGAUCUCGGAGACAGAGGCCCAGUGAGUGUUCGAGCGAUGACUUGAUGUGUGCCAUCAGGCAUGUUAAGGUGGAUGGAAGCGACCAUUUGACACAAAAAUUGGAUGUCCAUAAAAGUGCCAAGUAUGAGGUAGAAGAGGUCGAGUCUGGCGGGUUUGAUAUCAGAUUCUUGGGUGUUAAAUGGGGCAGUAACACAAUCGAUGCUACUUUGAGUUACUCUUGUGAUACUAACUUGAAGACAGACGAACUGGUGACCACGAUCUGGAAUUCUGAGUAUGUAUUGAUUGAGAUGUCUGGUCCAUCUGGUUGUAAGCGUGACGGGAACUCUGACUCUGGCGACAACGGUAAUGGUAACGGUAAUGGUAACGACCCUGAUAACAAUAAUAACACUGGCAAGGAUAAGAAGAGCAAGAAAACAUCAUGGUUUACCUGGUUGUUUGUUUACGCUAUUCUCUUUACUGUCAUAUAUUUGAUGGUAGUCUCAUACUUGAACACUAAAGGUGGAUCCUUCCAGGACUUCCGUAAUGAAUUUGUUGAACGUGGUACAGAAUUCAUAACUUCUCUGCCAACAUUUGUCAAAGAAGUAGUAACCAAGACCUUAGGAACGCGAGAUUCAUCUGCAAGUAGAGGUGGAUAUAGUGCGGUAUAG